AUGGUACGACCGUCCAAGUCCAUAACAUCGCAAAUUUACGUCAGCAGGUCAUGCAGGUCUUGGUACGGCUCUCCGACGGCAUCGGCAGGGCGUGUGCUAGUGCGCACUGCAGCUCUCACGGCUUUUAGCAUCGGCAUCAAUCGUCGCCCUUUUUGCAACCUGCUCAUCGGCAGCCCAAGACAAAAUGCAUUUCCUGUCCACCAACGGGUAAAUUUUUCAUCGUCGCCGACAACGGCCCAGGUCAAGAAUGACGCUGGAUCCCUAGCCACUCCGGCUCUAUCUGGAACCUUUGCCGAUCUGUUUUGCGGCAUCGGCGCCGCCACUGUGGCCCUCUCGGAACUGGGUCUGAAAUGCGUCUACGCCAACGACAAUGAUCCUCGAGCCGCCGCAACAUAUGAGCAAAACCUUCGGGGCGGGUUAGACUUUGUAGACAAACGCAGCAUCGUCGAUGCAGUGCGAGACGACUUGGAAAAUAUUCCCAGGGCAAACAUGCUUGCGGCCAGUCUCCCCGCUAUGCGCCGUACCAGCUCUAGAGAUCAUAGCGACUAUUUCCAGCUAGUUGUGGACUCUUUUCUCCGUCUCGUUCAAUACCAACGCAACGAGGUCGUCCUGCUGGAGUUCGAGAAGAAGAGGGUCGCCAAAACCAGCACUGGUGGCGACGGGAUGGAAGAAAUUUGCAAAAUUCUCGACCAGGCCGGUUACUGGAUCGAAUGGGAACUGUACUCUGCUGCGUCAUUUGGACUGCCCCAGACCAGGGAGCAUAUUGUUGCUCUCGCCGUUCGCAAGGAUCUAAUCCCCGGCCCUUUUCGGCCCCCUCGCGCAGAAAAUGAACCCGACCGGACCUUGGAACUCAAGGACUUUUUGCUGUCAAUCGAGGACUAUCAAAGACUCAACAAGUAUAGGAUUUGUUGGCCUGACGGCCGUGUGCCUGAGCCAAUCGAUGGCGUACUAUUCCUCAAGUACCUGAAUCAGAUGCCCAGAAAACCCCCAAAAAGUUAUCGCAUCUUGCUCGACCAUCGGGAUCCUCUCCAGCGUCCAGCGGGUCGGUUCCGGUUCAACCAGAUUCGAGUUGGCUGCCGGAUAAAGGAAACAGGCAAAGGCGAGCCAACCAAACCUACCAAUCACGAGGAACGCAUAUACCAUCAGAGAGGCUGGUCGGGCUGCGUCACGGGGCGGGGCUAUUUGGAUAUGGGCCACAUCCUGACUUCGGGGCCCAGCGACGGCCACGGAGGCGUCGUGCCGUGUGUCAGGCAACUCCACCCUCGCGAGGGUGCGCGUCUGGUGGGCCUUCCCGACUCUUUUGUCCUGCCUGGGAACCAGAAACAUGCCUGGACGUUGCUGGGGAAGACGGUUCCUCCACAGCUGCUCAAGUGGCCGCUGCUGAGCCUCGCCCGGGCCCACCCCCAUCUCUUCGAGCCGGGACGUCCCGAGAAGCAGCCACCGCCCAGUUGGCCUGACGCAUAUCCACAUUAUCUGGCAAGGACUUACACGGAAGGUGCUGUCGGAUCUUCCAAGAUUCGCAUGAUGAGGGCCCUGAGAGAAAGGCUGGGAAAGGAGAGAAUCUGUGGCGAGGUCUCAAAACGCGCCCAAGGUUUUCCAGGACCAGUCCAGGACCUAGUUCCGAGUGACGAAGUCGGUACUGUAUAA